AUGGCAUGGACAGGCACCAUCUCAUACCCAGAACCUACACUUGUGUGGAUUUCCACGCUGGAGCAUUUCAGAGACCUGCUCAGUCCGUUUUCUGCUCUAACCAUCAAUCUGAACAGCCUGAGGCUGAAGCACAGGUCUCCGAAGACAACGGUGACAACAGCGUCAACGCUUAACCCAAACCGUCGCACCAGCUCCCUGCCUCUACUGGCCCUCCCUGGGGUGACACCGAGCAGUGAGGACCAUCCAGAUAACCAGCUUACAAAUGAAAAACACACAGAUGAAAAGCCUAUGAAAGGUAUUGUUAUGAGUUCUGUCGCAGAAUUCAGCAUCACAGACGCUUCAUCAAAGGGUACCAAAAAUGAGAAGAAAUUGUCAGAUGCAAGCAGAUCAUCCAUUGCUUCCCUGGAGAAAUGCAGAGAAUUCACUUACAUUGAAGAUGAUGCAUCAGUACAUCAGAGAGACAGUGACGAUGAAUGCGCAACACUUAUCCUGGCCUGCUUGUUCUGCCAGUUUUGGGACUUUCUUAUAAUGCUGCCUGAUACCUGUGAACAUUGGCUGACAGAUACCUGUUGUCCAUCCAAUAGAUAUUACCAGACCUCCGACGAAGACCACGGCAACAACGACUGCAACUGCGACUGUGACAUUGAUUGCAGCCUCUUUGAGUCCUGCCACGAGACUGGGGAGUGCCUGGAGCUCGCCAUGGAGAUUUCAGAAGUCUGCUAUCGCUGA